AUGAGAUCUGUGGACGAGGUUCUGAAGCUCCUCAAUAAGCAAGCCCUGCUUGAGGUUGCAUCUUCCCUUGCUGGCACUCCAGCCUGUCAGCUAGAUAACAACAGCUCACCUAUCACUGGACCUGGUUACAUCAUCUUCAUCAUCAGCUUUCGCGAUAGGCAUGAGCGAUGGACUGCAAGGAUACCCUUGAACCAGGAUGAUUCCUUUUUAGAGAUUUGUAUUAGACCAAUCCAACUUGCCCGAAAGUCUCCAAAUGUUCCUGCUCCUCGUAUACACGGGCUUUUUGACUGCGGCUCUCGCGGCUACAACCCUGUCGGGGUUGGUUACAUGUUAUUAGAUUGGAUUGAAGGGUCACCCAUGAUGCCAUGGGAUCUAUCCACCCCUCCAGUACCAUAUCGGCAGAAGGUCCUAGACCAGAUCGCCGACCUUAUACUCAACAUGAUUCAUGAGUGUCCACUGGACACGGAAACCUUAUUUUAUGGGGUACCCGACGGGACUCCCAAGGGUACACAGGUAUCAACCAGCAUCUGGCUCACUGAGAGUGUGGACAGAGGCAUACGUCGUACGCUACGCCGCCAAGACUAUUCCACUGCAAUCGACUAUCUAAUUCAACGAUCAAUGAUUCCCCGGUAUGUUGAUGCGCAGCAUGAAAAUUGCCCUUGGGUGUUUGUCCAUGUCGAUCUCCACAAUGACAACAUCAUAAUUGACGAGGAAUAUAACAUCAAAGGUAUCAUUGACUGGGACUGCAACUUUGCCGUACCACUACAGAAGGCUGCGACAUUCCCAAAACUACUCGAAAAUGUGCCUGGCGGCGCGCCUCCAAGUUUACCAGAGACUCACGCAUAUCUAGACCUCGCGGCAGACAAGAGCUAUUUCCUAUCCAUUCUCGCCGAAAAAGAAAGGAAGCGAACAAAUGGAACGUCAAUUACACGACUCAUGGAGACCUCCAGGGAACGAAACUUUUUCGAGAUGUCCCACCACCGCGUCCCCGUCCACCGUGAAUUUGUGAGCAGAUUCUGUCCACGUACAAGCGAAAACGUCCUUGCCGCAUUAAAGGAGGUUGAGCGUUUUCUUGACAUCAAUGCGAUGUUCAAAGCUAGCGACGAGGCUAUCGCAAGAACUGUGCAGACGCUAGAAGCACUUCUCUAG